GACAGUUUUCUUCGCGUUUUUCGUACCUCGCGAUUCUGACAGGCAGCUGAUUCAGAUUUUUUCGCUCUCGCGUUGGCAGCACGCCAAGAUCGUCGUCCGUAAAAAAAAUCGCAAGCAGAAAAAGCUGCAACACAUCUCGCGUAUAAACCUCCAUUUACGGUGGUCAGUUCCCUGCUAUCGCUUCCGGUGGUGUUGAAUUGAGUGGUGUCCGUGUGGCACCGGCUAGCGCAGAAUCCGAUUCAACGAAGUGCCAGGAGCUCCCCCCGAUGUUGACACGUGUUUGAGGUUAGAAUUCUCUUUCUUCUGGUUGUGGGAAGAGAACGAAAAUUAGGAUCGUGUGCCAAAAGCGGCAGCAGCAGGAUCAAAGUUAAAACGUAAAAGGAGCGUUCGAGUGCUGUUACAUAAAAAAAGGACCGGGAAAGCGCAGGAAAUGGCAACCGGAGAGCGGAUACUGACGGUCGCAUUACGCACCAAUUACGACAUACGCCGACAGGAGGCAGUAGCCGACAAGAAGUGGGAAUGCUUGCUGUAUCUGCACGACACGAAGCCGAUCGAUCCGGAAUGUCCGCCGACGAAGGCCGAAUUGGAAGCUGCCGGGCUAUUGCCGACCCAGCAGGACCGUCAGAAGUCGCCGUCGGAGGAAGAGUCGAAACAGGAUCCGGAGGUGUUGUUUGACAAGCUGUUCGAGCUCGACAUCGACUAUCUGAAGAGCCUGGAUCCGAAGGAUUGGAAGAAUCAGGAUCACUAUGCCGUGCUUGGGCUGAAGAAGAUGAGAUUCGAGGCUACAGAGGACGACAUCAAGCGUGCAUACCGUAAGAUAGUACUGAAGCACCAUCCGGAUAAGCGAAAAGCUCUUGGCCAGGAGGUGAAGCAGGACGAGGAUUACUUCCAUUGCAUUACGAUGGCCUACGAGACGUUGGGAACGUUGAAGAAUCGUCGCGCCUUCGAUUCCGUCGAUCCGGAAUUUGACGAUUCGCUGCCGACGCAAAACGAGGUCAAGAAGGAUUUCUACGGAUCGUUGAGAAGCGUUUUCAAGAUGAACUCCCGGUGGAGCGAAUCGAGAAAACCGGUUCCGCAGCUUGGCGACGAGAAUACGGAACGGUCAAAGGUCGAGGACUUCUAUGACUUCUGGUACAACUUUUCCAGCUGGAGAGAAUUCAGCUACUUAGACGAAGAAGACAAGGAAAAGGGACAGGAUCGCGACGAGCGGCGUUGGAUUGAGAAGCAGAAUAAGGCUAUCAGAUUGCAACGCAAAAAGGAAGAAUCGGCGAGAAUACGGACGUUGGUCGACUUGGCUUACAACAAUGAUCCUCGGGUUGUCAAGUUCAAGAAGGAGGACAAGGAUCGUAAGUUGGCGGCUAAGCGUGCAAAGCAGGAUGCAUACCAGGCACAGAAAGCAGAGGAGGACCGGCUAGCCAAGGAAGCAGCUUUGGCCAAACAGAAGGCAGCAGAGGCAGAACAAAAACGCAUCGAGAACAUCCAAAUCGAGAAGGAAAAAAUGAAACGUGCCUUAAAGAAGGAGCGAAAGGUCCUUCGGGAUGCUGCCAAGGCCAACGAUUACUACACUAAAGACGACAAGGAACGCUUGAAACAUCUGGAAGGCGUUGAAAAACUAUGCGAAUCGUUGAAGCUACUGGAGCUGCAAGAAUUCAACAAAGAGCUCAGUUCUGGCGGUCGAAAUACCUUCGUCAAGGCACUCGACGAAUUGGAAGCUAAACUGGAAGAAGAACGACGUGCUCAAUCAUCUCAGAGUCAAUCGAUUCCCAAUAACGCCGGUUUGAAAGUAGUGAACCGCAAAGCCCUCUGGAGUCACGACAAUGUUCAGUUGCUCAUCAAGGCAGUGAAUCUGUUCCCGGCGGGUACAAUCUCCCGUUGGGACGUUAUCGCCAAUUAUCUCAACCAGCAUGGAACCAACUUAGGGGAUAUGAAAUUCUACGCCAAGGACAUCCUGAACAAAGCUAAAGAGCUGCAAAGUGGCGACUUUUCCAAGAGCGAUCUCAAAACGGUUGUCAACCAGCAAGCCUACGAGUCGUUUGAAAAGGGCAGAAAAGAUUUGAAGAAGGUUGACGUUGCAGACAUCAGCCAUAAGGAGGACGAAGCCACACCGGUCAAAGUGAACGGAACCGCGGAAGUAAAGAUGAACGGCGUUCACGAACCAUCAGAGGAAAAGGAAAACGUCAGCAAAUCACAGAAAGCCGCCAAGAAAUAUUCACAGCCACAAAAGGUGAAGGAACCUCCGGCAGCUGCGCCAGCACCAACGCCAACGCAGACUCCAGCUCCUGCAUCAGCGCCAGCGGCACCCAAGGAGGCCAAGAAGGACAAAAAAGAGAACAAAGUGUGGAGCAAGGAAGAGCAAGCGCUCCUGGAGCAGGCUAUGAAGACUUACUCGACGUCCACUCCGGAUCGGUGGGACCGGAUAGCAGAGUGCAUUCCGAACCGAACAAAGAAGGACUGCUUGCGGCGGGUGAAGGAACUGGUCGACCUGGUCAACGCCAAGAAGGAAGCCCAGCAGGUUGGCGGCAAGUGAGGCCAGUACUGGUGGGAAGCAACGCGAGAGCCCCGUUCUGUUGCUACUUAGUGACCCCAAUCUCCCCCAUUGUCCCCUUCAUUCUGUGCGGUAGAAACAUCAUACUAUUAUGACAUCUCUGCUAUUAUUAUCUUACGUUUUUAGGUCUUGUAAAUAAUGUCUCUUAACACAUGGAAAAUUAUUAAAAAAGUGCUAGGAUAAACACUGAAA